AUGCUGUUGGAAAAGGGAUUCAGCAGACAAGUCCUUCUUUUGAGACGUCGCCAGGUUUGGACGGAACGCGGCCCCCCUUUGGGCUGUCGGAUUGGUCGGAUACGUCAGUCCGUCAAUCUGUCUGUUUGUCUGUCCUUUACAGUUGUCCGUCUGUCAGACCGUCAACAGGCUUUUGCUGCAUGCAACAAACGUAUGGCUCGGCUGUUCGGCCUUGCGCUCGUCGGCUGCCUCCUGUUGACGCCUCAACUCGCGGUUUCCGGGCGACCAACCUCUCGGAUCGAGACGUCGUCAGGGCGAGACGAAACCGAGUUGCCAAGCCUUCUUUUGGUGAUGUUAGUGCGAAACAAAGCCCACCUCCUGCGCUAUGUUUUUGGCUGUCUGGAGCGUCUCGACUAUCCGAAACGGCAAAUUCACCUCUUCCUCCGUACCGACUGUAACCUUGACGACAGCCCCAGACAGAUUGAACAGUGGCUGGCCGGCUGGGCUUCCGCGUACGCCAGUGUCGACUAUGCCCACGCCGGCGGUGGAGAGAGAGCAUUCGGUCCAACAGCAAAUGGAAUGGCGCAGGAGCAACAGAAAAGUAUGAAGUACGUCGGUGAUGCCGACUGUUGCCAUGCCAACACGUCGAGAAGGGAGCAGCCAACAUGCCGGGAGGCAGGGCCGGUGGAUUGUGCGGAGGGGGUUAACGCCUGGCCGCCGGGUCGGCAGAUCCACGUUGCCCAACUGUACCAGUCGGCGGUGUCGGCCGGUCGGCGUUUGGCAGUCGACUUUCUGUUGCUGUUGGACGCCGAUGUCCUCCUCACGGAGGCCGAUGUGUUGCUCGGUCUGGUGGGGGCGGUGCGGCGCGAGAACGCCCUCGUCGUCGGGCCCCUGCUCGACUGCCCCUCGCAACCGGGACGGGCCAACUUCCGGCUCGACUGGCCGCCUCGACGACCGGCCUCGGACGAGUCGGCUUGGCCGGAUCUGGCUCACGAGUUGAUCCGAGCUCGAGUCCGGCCCGGCUUGCACGCCGUCGGAUUGGUCCAUUCCACCCUCUUGGUUCAAGUCUCCGCUCUGAACGGAGCAGACAUUUGGCCUUGUGAUGAUCUGCUCCCUUUCACCUCCUCCUCUUCCUCCUCUUCGUCGUCGUCGUCGUUGAUGGACGGUCGGUACUUUGCGGUUCUCGCGCUCGCGGCCGCU